GCCGAGCCAUUCGGCAGCGUUCUGUCGCUGGCUAGCAUGAAUCCUUACUACUCGAGCAUACCUGCCUCGGACGUAUAUGGUCUGCCUGCGCAAGGCAUCUCCAGUCACGCAAGCUACGCUCAAGUCCCAUACGCCACGAAUGCUCAAUUCGGCCGAGAUGCGAUGGGCAGCGGCUCAGACGAUGGCGAGAGCGAUCAGGAUAGAGAGCCAGGCUCGCGCAAAGCUGAUCAAAAGGUCAAAAGACGAAGCAGCAAAGCUUGCGAUGGCUGCCGUCGCCAAAAGUGUAAAUGUCAGCGGCAAGAUGGACCUGAUGGCAAGCCUCUGAGCAGAUGCCAGAACUGCAUCGCACUGAACACCGAAUGCACCUACUUGGGGCCGACACGUAAGCGAGGACCACCGAGAGGCUACAUCAAUCUGCUCGAAUCGCGCUUGCAUCGAAUGGAAACUUUGCUUGGCCACCUUGUCUCAAGUCCCGACCCGCGAGCUCAGCUUCUGCUGACAGAAUUGCUCGGCGAUGAUGAAGCGCGCGACUUACUCAAGCAAGAUCUCGAGGCUACCACGCAGCUAGGAUCUGAUGGGAAGCCGCGCAAGAUCUGGAAUAUACCCCAAGCCGAGCUCAACCCGCCCUACUCGCUUCCAGCUCAACAGAGGCUGCAGAGAGCCGAGUUUAGUUCACAAAUUGCGCUGAGCCAAGGGGCAGACGCGCCUAUGCUUGGCCAAGAUCACGGCGACUUGUCAGACAUCGAAGACGAGGACACGUUCAAAAGGAAGCUUCACGAGGAACUCAAGCUUCCCGCGCACGGAUCGGCUGGUAGCAGAAAGCACUCUAUUCACUCACCGGCUGGCUCGACGCCGAAGAGUGGCAACGAGCGACCCUCAGAUGCCGCGCGCUCAUCGCCCAAAGGCAGGAUAUUACAUACCGGCACGGCGACUUAUGAUGCUGCUGCUGGCAGCGAGGUUCGUCCAGACGAAAUGUCAGAGCUGGCAGAUGUCAUCGGACAGCUAUCUGUCAACGAGCAUCAAGAGAUCAGAUACCAUGGUCGUUCGAGCGGCCUGUACAUGCUGUCAAAGAGUAGCAUUUUCAAAGACUUUACCUGGCAGUUCCCCAGGAUGGGCAGCUGGCCGCCGCCUCUUGUGCCUCAAACAUACGCUCAAGACUACGGCGAUAGAAUCACAGAAUGCCAGCAAGCGCUACCGAGUGAAGCCGAUCAGAGGACAUUACUACAGCUCUACUGGACAUAUGUACAUCCUUACAUGCCCAUACUCCAUCGGAACGAUUUCCAGCGUCAAUUUGACAACACGAUGCAAGAUCAUCGCAACGGCGCGAUUGUGCCUCUUUCAGCUGGUCCGGAUCGAGUACCAACAUUGCUUUUGGUGGCAAUCUACGCGGUAACCUAUCGUUACUGGAAUGCAGCCAAAGAGCCAAGGAGCCAGCAGACUUACUGGACGAGUGGCGAUGACUGGAUGCUGUACGCAAAGUCGCUCCUCGUUGCCGAUGCUGCUGCAACACGAAUGACGACUGUCCAAGCAUUACUUCUCAUCUCGCUCCGCGAGGCCGGCUGCAGUCGUCUGUCCCAGAGCUGGCUCUAUGUCGGAAUGGCGACUCGAAUUGCACAGGAUCUCGGCCUGUUUCGUGACGUCGAGAGGUGGUUCAUGCCGGUUUCUAAAUUCUCACAUAUCGACAAGCUCGUCCGGAAACGAGUCUGGUAUGGAUGCAUACUGAUGGACAAGUAUGUCUCCGCCUUUAUCGGCCGACCUAUGAUGAUCUUCGAGCGAGAUUUUGAUACCGCCUUACCGAGCACAGAGGUUAACGAGGAAGAACAUUGUCCCUGGCAGCCAAUACGACCCGAUGGCACCUUGUUGAGCGAGGCCCCAACGAUGCCGCUGAUGGACGCAAUGCCAGCGCAAAACAUGAUUGCCGAUGUCUCAAGUCAACCGAGCGUCUCGCACGCACUGACAUGCUUCAAUGAAUCGGCGUCGCUUGCUGUCAUCCUGUCCCGCAUCAUCGGCAAUGUGUAUGCCAUCCGGAUACGGGUCAUCGGUCAAAGUAGCGAAACGCUCCUGUCCAUGCUGGACUCAAGUCUUGCAAAGUGGUACACAAGGCUUCCCACCCAUCUUCGCUACAAUGUCGAAAGUACAGCAGUACCGGUUCCCCACAUCAUGACGCUCCAUUGCAGCUUCUACUGCGCGCUCAUCCUGCUCCACCGACCCUUUGUACCUGGUCCUAAUGCGGCGCAGCCGCCUGCCUCGGUACCCAGCCACACGAUUAGUACAACGGCGGCUAACAGCAUCAGCGCAAUCGUCAUGUCGUACUUGAAGCAUUACGGCAUGCGGCAAGCUUCGCCCUUUAUAAUAUAUCCGAUUUUCCAAGCUGCCAUCGUUCACGUCAGCAACGCCUCGCUCGCUGGACACCGUGGCCAUGUUGCCAAAGUCAGUCUUGCUCGUUGCAUGAAAGCAAUGGCAGGUAUGGCGAUCACCUGGGCAGCGUCACAGCGUCAUCUGCAGCUACUCGACGGCCUCGUUGAUCUACGCGGCAUCGAUCCCGAAGAAGCUGUACCACUUCGGGCCACGCUAGAUACGUCAGCCACACCAGCACGCAAGCGUACUGCGGAUGAUUUAGCCACCUCCGAUCUCGAGCAAUUUGCAUCCACGUCGUCGCGCUCGACUGAGAACCUAGCUCGUCGCAAAUCAAAGGGCUCGCGAAGUGCAGCUCGUCCAACGUCCGGCUCAAGCGAUACUAUGCAGCACGCCCAAGCGGAUGCUGUGGCACAAGCGAAACAGCAAAGUAUCUUAUACAAUUCUCAGCGCCACCCCCAGUAUUCGCAGGUGCUCGCGCAAUCGCCACUAGCUGCACCGAGCCAAAUUAUGCCAAGUCAGACACCGUCAUCAGGUUCUAAUCCUGUCAUGUCAGAUCAGCAGCAAUCGGAUCUGCUCACUUCGUUCUAUGCAGACGAUCCGUCCGUCGCAUUUAAUUACAUGCAAAAGCCGUCAUCAGUCCCUUCUUACAAUAACAUGCCACCAUCAAGCACGCCUACGCAUGGUCUGUAUCCACAGAAAAGCAUCUAUGGCCAAAUACCGAUGCAUUCACCACUGCCAGCGAAUGAUUAUUCUGGCUACGCACGCUCGUACAGCAACGAUCUUAGCGGGCUAGAGAUGCCACCCCUUUCGACAGAAGAAUGGGCAGCUUACCUCCCGCGCGCAUACGGUGCUAGUCAGCAGUGAUGUAUGAAAUGUAGCUAUGUCCUUUUGCCACG